AUGAGGUUCUUUUCGCGGCUGCACCUCUGUGCGGCUCUUGCCAUUCUCAUGAUCUUGUACUUCACUUGGGUACAUUCCGCCAAUUUCGAAGACACCGUCAACACAGUAUGGCGCGGUAACGCGCACCGCAUAGUAGUGUUCGGCAACGAUUGGUCCGACACAGGAAGCUACCGCGUCUCUUCGCCUGUGCUAUCCGCAGUGGUAGCCCGCGACGCUGACCGAGGCGACCUAUGGGUGGAAACGCUAUGCAAAGAGCUCGCAUGCGACACGAUUGACAACUUCGCCCACUCCAAGCCAGCCGCGGCUGCACACAUCGGAUCGCUAGUCGACGCAAACGUCCACACGGAAACGAAAGGCGCGGGAAGCAACGAGAUAACCGUGACGUCGUUUGACUUCAAGACACAAAUGGAACAGUACGUCGCCUACGACAAGGGGCGACGAGUCAUCCCCGAACGCCUACGGAAAGGAGACGAAUGGACUUUCUUCACGGUCUUCUUUGGCCUGUGGGAUCUGCUCGAAUACUCUACAUUGGAGAAGCCUGUGGCCAUGUCCGCAGUGGACAAGAGCAUCGAGUCGCUCUUCCACAGUCUCGACAUCCUGGCCGAACACGCAGCCCACCCACCCAACGUUGUCAUACCCAAAAUGAUCGACGCCUCCUUCCUCCCGCAAUUCCAAGUACAAAAGAAAGCCAUGCGGGAAGCCGAUUUCGCAGUGACUCAGCACCGAAUGGUGUUUCUAUGGUCAUACUGGAACACAGUCUUAGUUCGGAAAGCUGCAGAAUGGAAAAACGGCGCCAUCUACAUGCCUGAGCCAAAUGCUAUCAUCAUGAACGAAGUCCGCGCCAAACAACUCCACUCGAGGCAGAUUUCUGAUGCGACCGGUGUGGGUGCCCAAGCACCGCUUUUCGAACAUGUCGAUACGCCUUGUUUGGAUGCUGUAAGGGGGAGUGGAUUGGUUAAAUGCUCUGCGCCAACACAGCACUUAUUUUGGGAUAAUAUUCAGCUCAGUGGGCCGGCUCAUGAACUCAUUGGCAAACAUGCCGCGAACUUGGUACGCGGGAAUCGGAGCAUCAAUGCUGUGCGUGAAAAGAGUGAGGAAGAGAAGAAGCAGGAAAACGAGCGAGCGCAGUUUAAGCUCAAGUUUCCUCCAGGGUAUUAG